AUGUACCACGAGCUCACCUGUCGCCAGGCUUUUCUCUCCCCCCGCAAAACCCUCUUCUCCUCAACUUUCCUUCCCUCUCCCUGCCAACCGUCGCUGCAACCACGCCUGCUCUCCGACUGUUCCUGCUGUGUUCCCCACAACCCCCACCCAUCCUCCGCUAGAGCGUCCGCCUCCUCCUUCUCUCAAAACGGCGCCUCUUCUUAUCCGCCUUACCAGCAACCCCCGUACCGCCACCAACAACCCUCUUUCCCACCACCCCUCUCCUACCCGCCUCCGUUCCCCACCCCAUCACCUUACCCUCACACCCUCCCGCUACCGUCACACUCGUUUCAACCGCAAGCGGCGUCGGCAGCAUGUCCGCCCGGCGUGGCCGUGUUCUGGGACUACGAGAACUGCCCCGUGCCCGUCGGCGCCGACUGCGCUGCGCUCGUGCGCCGCCUGCGCGACUUGGCGCGCGCGUUCGGCGCGGUGCGGAGCGUGCGCGCGUACGGGAAGCCGGAGGAGGUGCAUGCGCGCAUGGUGGGGAAGAUGGGCGCGUGCGGCGUGGAGGUGGUGGCGGUGGCGGCGGGCAAGGAGAUGGCGGACAAGGCCAUCAUCACGGACGCGCUGCUCUUCGCCCUCGACGAACGAGAGAUGAACCGAGCUGUGACGCCGUGCGUGGUGGUGGUAUCAGGCGACGUGGGGUUCGCGGGUGUGCUGGCGAAGCUCACCAACCGCGGCGUCACCACCGUGCUGCUCGCGCGCCCGCGCAAGAACGGCAGCAAGGGCAAGCGCGGCACCAUCCCCGCGCCCCUCGCGCAGUCGGCGAUGGUGACUCUUGACUGGGACCAGCUCAUCGCCGCGGGGGACAGCGGUGCCGCCGGGGAGAACGGGUGGAGGAGCGGCAAAGCGGGCGACGAUGGUGGUGUUGCUGAUGCGGGGAAUGGGGGUGCUGCUGCUGCAGUUGCGCGCGGUAGCAGCAUCUUUGGGGGUGGGAGGGAGGGCGAGGAGGAGGUGCAGCAGCGGCUGCGAUGGCUGGAGGAGCGCCUGCGCCACGUGGAGAGGGGCUCGGCGAGUGGUGGGAGGGACAGCACGACCAGCAGUAGUAGCGCGUGUGAUGGGGCGAGUGAAGCAGCAGGUGACGCAGGUCAAGACAUGACCCCCGCAGGCAGCGCCCAAGCUGUACCGCCGCCGGAGCUCAAGGCAGGUGAGGCAGCGCCGUCCCACGCAGAGGCAGGAGGGGCUCCGCGCAGGGAGUCGUGGGCGGAGGUGAUGGCGCGCGCCCUGCCCGUGCGCUCGCCCGCGGAUGUGCUGACAGCGCGCCUGCGCGCCCACAUGCUUACCACGCUCGCCGCCCACGGCGCUGUGACCACGUCCGCCCUGUUCGUGGCGUACCAGCGCGUGUGGGGGCGCCAGCUGCGCCUGGCGGACUACGCGCUGCGCGACGUGAAGGCGCUGGUGGCGCUGCUGGCGGACGUGGUGGCGGUGAGCGAGGGGUGGCCGGGGCAGGCGGCGCGCAAGAAGAUGAGCGUGGAGGCACGCGAGGCCAUGGCGCGGCGAAGAACCUUCUCCCUCGUGCGCUCGCACGGCAACCUGCGCGCGCUGGCGCUGGUGCAGUCACGGCUGCGCUGCGUGGUGGUGGCUGUGCUGCAGCAGCACGUGGCCCGCGCGGAUGCCGCCUAUGCUGCUGCUCGCUCUGCACGGGGCAGCAGGAGUGGGGACGGCGUGGGGUUGAGUGAAGGCAGCACUAGUGGCAAGGAUGGGAGCAGCAGGAGCGAUACAAAUGGCAGUGCGAGUGUCAUCAGCAGCGGCGGCAGCGGUGGCACAAGGGGUAAUGCACGCGACAGGAGGGCGAGCCGGUGGAUGGUGGUGGAGGAGGUGGGCGCGGCGGUGAGGCACGCGUGCAAGGAGAGGCUGGGCGCGGUGCUGGCCCGGCACGGGUACGGGCGAGACGCCUUCUGCAACGUGUCUGAGAAGGCGCGGCUGGUGGCGGUGCUGGCUGACAUGCCCGACCUCGUGCGCCUCAAGAAGCUGCGAGGCGCGGGGGGCGUGGUGCUGGUGGGACUGGUGGCGGGCGCUGAGGCGGACCCCCUCGUGGCGCACCGUGGAGAAGGGGAUGAUGAGCUGGAUGAGGGGAAGGAGAGCGAUGAAGAGGAGGAAGAGGACAAGGAGAAGGAGGAAGCGGAUAUUGGGAGGUGGGUGGUAAGGGAGGCUGUGAGGAAAGGAGGCGAGCGGGGCAUGUUGGGUGAUGGAAGUGAGGGCGAUUGGAGUGAGGAGGGGAGUGAUGGAGAGGAAGGGGAGGAAGAGGAGGAAGAGGACGAAGAGGAGGAAGAGGAUGAGUGGUGGGAAGAUGAUGAGGAGGAAGAGGAGGAAGAGGAGGAAGAGGAAGAGGAAGAGGAGGAGGAAGAGGAGGAGGAAGAUGAGGAGGAAGAGGAGGAAGGAGAGGAGGAGGAAUAUGAGGAGGAGGACGAGUAUGGGUUUCUGGCAACAAGGGAUAUGUACGAGGAAGAGGAAGAAGAGCACUCAUGGCAGGGCAGGGAGGCGACGGAGGGCAGGGGGGACAGGGAGGGCAAGGAGAGCAGGAAGGGCAGGGAGGGCGGGGUGCAAGUAGCAGGUGGGGGGCGCAUGGGGGAGGAUGGUGGCGUGGUGGGUGGGCGUGGCAGCGCAUACAGUGAAUGGGGCGAGAAGGCGGAGGGCGAGAGCGCGCAAGAGCAGGGCAGCAGCGCGGGCGUAGGGGCGGAGCAGGCACAUGGAGCCUCGUUUGCGCGUGGCGAGUGCAGAGCAGGGGCAGCAGGCGGUGGGGGUGUGGAGGGAUACCGGGGAGGGGGAUGGAGAUGCUCGUAUGAAUGGUGCACUGCAUGCGCUGUAUCACCCGCCUCUCAUUGCGCCCGUGGAUGCUGCACCGUCACCUUCACCUGCACCGUCACCUUCACCUGCACCGUCACCUUCACCUGCACCGUCACCUUCACCUGCAGUGUCACCUUCACCUGCACCGUCACCUUCACCUGCAGUGUCACCUUCACCUGCACCGUCACCUUCACCUGCAGUGUCACCUUCACCUGCAGUGUCACCUUCACCUGCACCGUCACCUUCACCUGCAGUGUCACCUUCACCUGCAGUGUCACCUUCACCUGCACCGUCACCUUCACCUGCAGUGUCACCUUCACCUGCACCGUCACCUUCACCUGCAGUGUCACCUUCACCUGCACCGUCACCUUCACCUGCAGUGUCACCUUCACCUGCAGUGUCACCUUCACCUGCAGUGUCACCUUCACCUGCACCGUCACCUUCACCUGCAGUGUCACCUUCACCUGCAGUGUCACCUUCACCUGCACCGUCACCUUCACCUGCAGUGUCACCUUCACCUGCACCGUCACCUUCACCUGCAGUGUCACCUUCAUCUGCACCGUCACCUUCACCUGCAGUGUCACCUUCACCUGCAGUGUCACCUUCACCUGCACCUUCACCUGCCCCUUCACCUGUCCCUUCACCUGCCCCUUCACCUCCCCCUUCACCUGCCCCUUCACCUGCCCCUUCACCUGCCCCUUCACCUGCCCCUUCACCUGCCCCUUCAGCUGUCUCUACAGCUGCCCCUUCAGCAGCAACGGAGGGCAGCGGGCUGACGGUGUGCCCACAGCCGUGCAGUCCGCCCCGCGCCUUGCUCGCCUUGCUCGCCACCCACCCCACCCGCCUGCUGCCUCUGAGCUCGCCCAGGGGGACGUGGGUCAACUGUUGCAGCACCACGCACACCCCGCUCCCCUGCACAAGCCAGACUGCCAUGCCCAACACUCCCCAGGUGCUGCCCACACCACAGCGUCCCACGACCCGCUGUGGCCCGCCGUGUUUGCCUCCUCGUGUGCCCUGCGCUCGCCCCUCGAGCUCGCCCUCCUGCGCUUCUCCCUCCGCACUCUCACUCUCCUCGCCGCGCGCGGCCCGCUCCCUCUGGCCGGCAUGGCUCGGGAGUUUGUGCAGCGCGGCUGGUGGAGGCCCGACCCUGCUCAGGUGGAUGUGGAUGCGCUGGUCAGGCCGAUUGCCACGGUGGUGCGUGAUUACAAUGAGUACUCAUAUGUCGAAGGAGGUAGAGCGGUGGGAGGAGAGGAAGGUGCGGCGGGGGGUGAGGGAGCCAGUGUGGUUGGUGUCGCAGCCACUCGUGAUUCUGGUGAGGGUGGUAACUCUGGUGGUGGUAAAGCUGUGGCUGCGGCUCCUUGGGUUGUGGGAGCAGCGGUGAAUGGGAGGGGAUGGGUGCAGCGCGAGCAGAGGCUGGCAGUGGCUGAGAGUGAGAGGGCGUUGCAGCUGCUGAGUCUCGUGCAGUCUGGGCUGCGCCGUGUGGUGCUGGGGGUCAUGCUCACACACGGUGCUGACUGGGAUGCCCCCCCUGCUCCCAGUGAACCCUUUGAAAAGGACAGCUUCAGACGAAGCAGCUGCAGCAGCAGCAGGUGGAUGUGGCUGGAGGAGCUAGCAGGCAGGCUAGAGGAGCACACUGGUCAUUCCCUGCCAAGCCUGCUCGCCAGGCAUGGGUAUGGCAGCCGUGCCUUCCCCAGGUGGUCCGUGAAGGCCCGGCUGGUGGCACUGCUGGGUGACAUGCCUGACCUCGUGCGCGUGGGUGGCGGAGAGGCGCUGCUGCCUAAGGCGGAGGUGACCCAGGGGGAGCACAUGGGCGCACUGAAACACCAUGACACAAACAUGUGCGAGGGUGAGCGGUGGAAAGAUCAAAGUUAUGAGGAGGGUUUUGAAGCAGUGGGAGAGAUGAAUAUGUGGAGGGAUGGGUGUGUGGAUGACGAGGAGGCGGCUGAGGAGUGGUGGCUGGAGAUGGAUGGCGGGGAAUGGGCCGACAGUGAUGACCUGGGCCUGCGGCACUGCGGCCUGGUGGUGGUGCUGGCAGGGGGCGCUGAGCUGGACCCGCGCUUCAAGACAUGGCACGUGCGCAACGAGGGCAGGUGGGACGGGCGCGUCUACUCCAUGGCUGGGCUCAGCCUCGGGAUUGCCUCCGCGCUUGCUUCUUCUGGCGGCGGUGUCGAACAAAGGGUGCAAAGUGAUAGAUUCAAACGUGAGGGGAAGGAUAAGGUGUGGGGAAUGGAUGGGAUGGGGUAUGAUGAUGGUCUUACGAGCAGAGACGGUGUGAGGGACGAUGUGAUGGAGCGUGUGGUGAGCCAUGUGAGUGAGUGGGUGGUGAAUGUGCCGAAGGGAUUUGACGUGGAGAGAGUGGUCGAGAUGGAGAGGAAGUGGAGGGAGGAAGAUGCGGAAGUUGAAGUGAGAAGUGAAGUGGAGGAGGAUUUGUUCGAAGUGAUAUAG